GGUCGCUUCGCCCCUUCCAGAGUCAAGACUCCCUCCCUCUCCUCCACGUCAAGUCCACUUCGCCUCCCUCGCCGCGUCUCGCCGGCGCCGGCCACCGUCCGCCGCCUCCGCCUCCGCGCCAUGUCGAAGUAUGGCACCAUCCCGACCUCCUCGUCCUCGGACGGGCCGCCCCCGGGCUCCUCCUCCUCCUCCCCGCUCGACUUCAUCUCCCGCGCCAAGGCGCGCGGCGCGACGGCGCUGGCGGAGCGGCGGCCGUGGCGGGAGCUCGCCGACCCGCGGGCGGCGUCCGUGCCGCGCGGGCUCGGCGGCGCGUACCGCCGCGCGCGCGCCAACCUGGGCCACUUCUCCAUGAACUACGCCAUCGUGGUGCUCGCCGUGGUGUUCCUCUCCCUGCUCUGGCACCCGGUCUCCCUCAUCGUCUUCCUCGCCUGCAUGGUCGCCUGGCUCUUCCUCUACUUCCUCCGCGACGAGCCGCUCGCGCUCUGCGGCCGCGCCGUCGGGGAGGGCGCCGUUCUCGCGGUGCUCUCCGUGCUCACCCUCGUCCUCCUCCUCCUCACCGGCGCCACCGUCAACAUCCUCACCUCGCUGCUCGUCGGCGUCGUCAUCGUCCUCCUCCACGCCGUCUUCCACCGCCCCGCCGACAGCAUCGACGAGGAGGCCGGCCGGUAUUACACCCCCGUCCCGCCGCAGCCGUCCUACUAGACUCAACGAUGGAUGGCACGUGUAUCACACACAUUAGUGUAAAUAUCGUUUAAGCAAAUAAUCCUGGAGAUCUGGAGUUGUCGCAGAAGUUCCUGAUUCUAGUCUGAAGAGUGGACAGCGUUCGGAUGGAUUCGUGUGGUCAGUUUGUGAACCAAACCUGUAUAAAUUCAGCCGAUUGUGAAGAAAGCACUGUGGAUUCUCCGUUUCUUAGAUUCUGUUCUCUAUGCUGCUUUCUCCUCAGGGUCUAUUGACUAUGUAAAAUUCUGUACCCUGCUGGAGUGCCACAUCUCGGAAAACUGUAUCUUGUAUUUUUCCCAUUUUGCCUGUGUCUGUGGUGGUGACGGUGGUUGAAAAUAUUGCAUUUCUAGAGGUGAAAUAAAUCUUGCUGCAGUUUAAUACUGUGGUUUUAGGCGUCCUUUUUUUUGGGUACUUCGUAUGACAUUCCUGGUGACUGUUUUCCGUUUAAUGGGAACAAUAUAUGUUUUCCGUAUUACGAUGAUUGCAUAGCACUAUGAUUU